AUGGAGUCGAAGGUGAAGACAACGACGUCGUCCUCAUCGUCACUCAUUUUCAAGGCGCCUCGUGAGCUCCGCCGAGUAAAUGAAGGAGCCUUCGAACCACAGAUCACCUCCAUAGGACCUUACCACCAUGGGAAAGAUCAUUUGAAGGCCAUGGAAACAGACAAAGUUGGUUAUUUAAGUAGCCUUCUCCAACGACGUCCUGUUGGCUUGGAAAACUAUAUGGACACCUAUAUGUCCAUAGAACAAGAAUUUCGUAAUUGCUAUGCCAAACAUGAUGAUCCCGCUAUGACCUCUGCAGAGUUCAGGGUGAUUAUGGUCAUCGACGGAUUGUUCGUUGUUCAACUCAUUAGAAAAUUCAUGCAUCCUCAAUUGAGAGAAUCAAACGAUGUCCUGUUCAAGCAGAAUUUGAAUCUAUCUUUUGUGGCACUAGAUUUGUUACUGCUUGAAAAUCAACUUCCUUUGUGUCUAUUGGAAAAGUUCGCUGUCAUGACCGGGCCGGGCGGGGAUACUUUUGCAAGACAGAAUCUAAAUUUCUUCUCCAAAACAGAUUUCCGAUUACGGAUGCUAUUCAUAAGUUCGGCAAUAGAGCUGUCGGAACAAGGAAUCAAGUUCCGGCAAGGUGAGAAAAACUUCUUGUUUGACAUCCAAUUCAAACACGGAACACUGUGUAUUCCAACCCUAAUAGUUGACCACGAUACACAGAAAAUGAUGCGAAACCUCAUUGCAUACGAACAAUUCAAAGAUAAAUCAGGGAGCAUCGUUAUGGAUUAUGCUAUAUUCAUAGAUUGCCUCAUCAACUAUCCCGCAGAUGUUGCUUUGCUAUGCGACUGUGGGGUAAUCGAUAAUUGGCUGGAUAGCAACAAAGAUGUCGCCAGCAUGAUUAACAAGAUCAACGAUUACGUUUACCUAUCCACCGGAAGAUUCUAUUACUCCAACAUAUUCUACGAGGUGAACAAGCAUUGCAGACAACCAUGUAACCUGUGGAAGGUGAAACUGAGGCAGACAUAUUUCAACACCCCCGGAGAUUGGGUUCUUACUUCCAUUGCUGCUGCCACUCUCUUGCUCAUACUUACCAUUCUGCAAACUAUAUUUUCGGUUCUUGCUUAUAUAAAAAAACAAGUAGAUUGUUCAUCUGCAAACUAUAUUAUGUACUUUAAAAUCAAACGAAUCAUGCAUGUACCGAAUUAA